AUGGACUACCGGCGGCUGCUGAUGAGUCGGGUGGUUCCCGGGCAGUUCGACGACGCGGAUUCCUCGGACAGUGAAAACAUUGACCUGAGGACCAUCAGAGAGGAAGAUAUUCUGUUUGAAGAUCUGCAGAAGAAUGUGCCUGAGAAGAUGGGCGGAGGUGAUAUGGAAGAGAAGGAGGAGGAGGAGGAAGAGGAGGAGGAGUAUGAUGAAGAUGACUGGGAUUGGGAUGAUGGAGUUGGAAAACUCACCAAAGGUUGUAUCUCAAAUGCAAGGAGUAACCCACAGACAAAUCAGCAGACUUCCAACUACAAUUUGGCCAAAAUAUCUACUCCAGCAGACAAGGUCUUACGGAAAUUUGAGAAUAAAAUUAAUCUAGAUAAGCUAAAUGUUACUGAUUCUGUCAUAAAUAAAGUCACCGAGAAGUCUAGACAAAAGGAAGCAGAUAUGUAUCGCAUCAAAGAUAAGGCAGACAGAGCAACUGUGGAACAGGUGUUGGAUCCUAGAACACGAAUGAUACUAUUCAAGAUGUUGACUAGAGGAAUCAUAUCAGAGAUAAAUGGCUGCAUUAGCACAGGAAAAGAAGCUAAUGUGUACCACGCUAGCACAGCAAAUGGAGACAGCAGAGCAAUCAAAAUUUACAAAACUUCUAUUUUGGUGUUCAAAGAUCGGGAUAAGUAUGUAAGCGGGGAAUUCAGAUUUCGUCAUGGCUAUUGUAAAGGAAACCCCAGAAAGAUGGUGAAAACUUGGGCAGAAAAAGAAAUGAGGAACUUAAUCAGGCUAAACACUGCACAGAUCCCAUGCCCAGAACCUAUCCUGCUAAGAAGUCAUGUUCUUGUCAUGGGUUUCAUUGGGAAAGAUGACAUGCCAGCGCCACUGUUGAAGAGCGUCCAGCUCUCAGAAUCCAAGGCUCGGGAGUUGUAUCUGCAGGUCAUCCAACUCUUGAGAAGAAUGUAUCAAGACGCCAGACUCGUCCACGCGGAUCUCAGUGAAUUUAACAUGCUGUACCAUAGCGGAGGUGUGUACAUCAUUGAUGUUUCCCAGUCCGUGGAGCAUGACCACCCACAUGCCUUGGAGUUCUUGAGAAAAGACUGUGCCAAUAUCAACGAUUUCUUUUUGAAGCACAGCGUUGCCGUGAUGACUGUGCGGGAACUCUUUGAAUUUGUCACAGAUCCAUCCAUUACACAUGAGAACAUAGAUGCUUAUCUCUCAAAGGCCAUGGAAAUAGCAUCUCAAAGGACCAAGGAAGAAAGGUCCAGCCAAGAUCAUGUGGAUGAAGAGGUGUUUAAGCGAGCAUACAUUCCUAGAACCUUGAACGAAGUAAAAAAUUACGAGAGGGAUGUGGAUAUAAUGAUGAAAUUGAAGGAAGAGGAUAUGGCCAUGAAUGCCCAACAAGACAAUAUUCUGUACCAAACUGUUACGGGAAUGAAGAAAGAUUUGUCAGGAGUUCAGAAGGUUCCUGCACUUCUGGAAGAUCAAGUUAAGGAAAAGGCUUGUUCUGAUUCAGAUGAUGCUGGAAGCUCUGAGUGUUCUGACACAGACUCUGAAGAGCAGGGAGACCAGGCCUGCUCCAGGAAACCCACUGCUGACCCUGAAAUUGAUAAAAAGGAAAGAAAAAAGAUGGUCAAGGAAGCCCAGAGAGAGAAAAGAAAAAACAAAAUUCCAAAACAUGUGAAAAAAAGAAAGGAGAAGACCGCCAGGAUGAAAAAGGGCAAAUAG